AUGCUCAACAUCCGCAACACCAUCGCCCUUGGCGCCAUCUCCACUCUCGCGGCUGCGCAGACUACUGCCCCCAAGCUCGACGCUCAAUGCGCUGAUGUAGUCAUCUUCAUGGCUCGUGGCAACGAUGCCCCUUACCACGAUGGCCGCACCACCCCCUUCAUCGAUGCCACCUGCGCCAAGCUCAACGGUCAGGGCAAGUCCUGCGACUACAUCGACAUCCAGUUUGACGUGACUCUUGGUGGAGACUACUGCGCCCAGGUCGCCGAGGGUGCCCGCAACGGACAGUCGCAGAUCGCUGCUUUCCAGGCAAAGUGCCCCUGCACGCACAUUGUCGUCAACGGCUACUCCCAGGGUGCUCACGUUGUCGGAGAUGUCCUCGGAGGACCCGGUGGUUGCACCAAGGUUUCCAAUGGUAUUGACAACAACUCUGCCGCUGGCAAGGCUAUUGCCGCCGCUCUCAUCUGGGGUGAUGUGAUGCACACCGCCAACCAGCCCUACAACGUCCUCGAUGGCGCGGACAAGCAGAAGAACCCCCGUCCCGCUGAGGACCUUGCCCUGCUCAACCGCUACGCUGGUGUCCUCCGCGCCUACUGUGCUGCCGGUGACCCAGUCUGCGCUGGUGGCAACAACGUCGCCGACCAUUUGAACUACUUCGAGCUGUACACCGACGACGCCUCGUCGUGGGUCGUUGGCAAGAUCGACGGUACCGCCGACCUGUGCCCUGCUGCCAGCUCCGCACCCCUUCCCUCCGCCACUGCGCCCGCUUCCUCUGGCGCACCGGCUGUCACUGCUUCCGCAUCCGGCUCAUCUGUCGGUGCUCCCGUUGUUACUGCUACCGCUGAGGGUUCCACCGUUGCCCCAGAGUCGACCCCUUGCACUAGCUCCGCCCCGGCCGUUACUCCUGCUCCUUUCCCACCCGCUGUCGAGUACGGCACCUGCGUCCAGGCCGUCGAGGUCGUGACCGUGUACGCUUAA